UGUCGCUUGUCAUUGUCGUCAUCUUUAAGCUCACACAAGUGUGGCUGACAAGCAACAAGCCACACGUUUACAAGUGAGUGAAUGCUGUUAGGACAAUCGCUCUUCGCCUAUUUGAUCACAUAAGAUGUCUUCACUCCUCAAAGUGGACAAUGAAAUUAAAACCAAGGUUGAUGCAUUCAGGGAACGUAUCACUGCUGAAGCAGAGGACCUAGUUGCAAAUUUUUUUCCAAAGAAGUUAUUGGAACUUGAUCAUUUCCUCAAGGAUCCAAUCAUUAACAUCACUGAACUGAAGGAGAUCCACUCGGAGAUAAACCUGACGGUGCCAGACCCCAUCUUGCUCUCAAACCUGCAUGAUGGACUAGAAGCGCAAAAUGCCAAAAAGAGAAAGCUGGAGGAUGGAGGUGCAGAGGACAUGGUGACUGGCACCAAGGUCUUCGUCAUGCCUGGUGGGAUGAUGAAGAGCAAUGCAAACCUUGUUGAUCUUAUUGAAAAGGUCAAGCCAGAGAUCAGGACACUCAUAGAGAAAUGUAACACAGUCAAAAUGUGGGUUCAGCUGCUCAUCCCAAGGAUAGAGGAUGGCAACAACUUCGGAGUGUCAAUCCAGGAGGAGACAGUAGCUGAACUCAGAACAGUUGAAGGAGAGGCAGCGUCUUACCUCGACCAGAUAUCAAGAUACUACAUCACAAGGGCAAAGCUGGUUUCUAAAAUAGCUAAAUAUCCACAUGUGGAGGACUAUCGGCGCACAGUAACCGAAAUCGAUGAGAAGGAAUACAUCAGUCUGAAGAUCAUAGUUUCGGAGCUCAGAAAUCAAUACGUAACGUUACAUGACAUGAUCCUGAAGAACAUUGAGAAGAUCAAGAGGCCUCGAAGCAGUAACGCUGAUGCAUUGUACUGAUGUUCAUCCAGCCAUCUGAGCCUCCGCUCCUCCCUCGUCUCCCCGCCAUUUCCUGUUGAGCUACAGUAGCCUGGCCCUGGUCCACAGGACUACAACUAGACAUUCACCUACUUCAAUACAAUCAACACAGCCCUGUACAAAAACAUAGCUUCCAUAGUUGGACACCAUGAACAUGUUUUUGUUUUAAUUGUAAAAUAUUUUUUCUUGUUUUAAACCCUUUGAAGACCUAAAUAUUCUCUCAGAAAAAGGGGGAGAUAGAUUAUAGACAACAAAAAGCGCUAUGUAUUUUUUAAUUUUAAUUAAACAUGUUGUCCUCAGAUCUUUGUGAAAUUGCUUCAUUUAUAGCUCUUAAGAAAAAUUUCAAAGCAGAGGGGUGUGUUUCAUUCCCACUGCUUUAGUGAAUGUUGGUUUCUUAAGCCUUUUAUGAGACUCCUACUGCAUCUUCUGGAGGACGGUUGUUUAUAGACAACACAAACGCUGUUUUUUUUUUUCUCCUCUGAAUGUUGUACAUUACACAGUAUAGCUGUAACAAAUAUGAUUAUUAAGCAGGUUUUAGGUCCACAGGCUUAUUGGUUUUCAGUGAAAAUUCAUAAGUCACCAAAGCAUCUCUUAUGUUGAAGCAUUGACUCUAUUGAAUAAAACAUUUUUGAUAAAGA